AUGGAAGUUAUUGCUUUAGUACAUAGAAAUAAUCAAACAGCUAAGAUCCUGCUAACAACAACGGAUAGUCUAGAUUACAUUUAUAAAGCUGUUUCAGCCGAAUUUCAAAUCCAUACAACAGAUUAUACCAUUCAGUAUUCGAUCAAUAAUGAGCACUUCAAUGAUCUCACAAACGAUUCUCUGUGCCAAAUGAUGUUAAAGAGUAAAACGAUCGAAUUAUUCGUUAGAGAAAACGAUCAUAAUCAUGCUUUAACAAUCACUAUCACGAUCACUCCAUGUGUACCAGUCGAGCAGCGAAUUGUGACACUGACACAAGCAGAUCUGAAUGAAAAAUUCAAGAAACGUCUCGGAUUACAGCAGUACUUCGAUAUCCAAGUCAUGUCGACGAAAUUUUUCUUGUCCGAAAUCUUCUCGCAUGGUGGCGAAGAUUGUUUAGAACAGUGUUUAGUAAAGAAAGAUAUGCCAGCAGCAGUUAAAGACUUUAUUCGAAACAAUUUGUAUACUCUGGCAGACUGUCGACGAAGUGGUGAUAAAUACGACAAAGAUCGAACUUGUUCGCAAACAACAGACGAUAUCAUUUUCAAGAUGACAUCGAUCAUUGAUGAGAACCUCUUCGUUGUUAUUAUUGUCUAUGCCUUAGUGAACAAUGAACAGAAGAAUUUCGCGACAUCGUUGGUGAAAAAAAUGAUUCCGAAUCAAAAGUUCAAUAAGGGUGUUGAGGGUCUACUGGAUGAAAUUAUCGAAGAAGUGGUCAAUACAGUUUAG